CAGUAUUCUCUUGCAUUCCAUCUCAAAUACAUUCAUAUAAAUUCCUCUUCUUUCUUACACCGUGUACUAGAUACGACCUUUGGAGGAAGAAUCCCUAUUGUCACUUUGAACGAAAACAAGGAAUACGAAGCAAAGCAGCAAUGGCAGCUCCUAUGCAAGUUGACGAAGCCGUCCCUGGUGACUCUAUCGAUGAGGGCUUGUACUCUCGUCAACUCUAUGUGUUGGGCCACGAAGCGAUGAAGAAGAUGGCCACUUCCAACGUUCUUAUUGUUGGCAUGAAGGGCCUUGGUGUUGAGAUUGCCAAGAACGUUGCCUUGGCAGGUGUCAAGACUGUCACCAUCUACGACCCUUCUGCAGUAGAAAUCGCGGAUCUCGGUACACAAUUCUUCCUUCGUGAAGAGGACAUUGGUCGACCUCGAGCUGAAGUCACCGCUCCCCGACUUGCCGAACUCAACUCUUACGUCCCUAUCAAGAUUCUCCCUGGAGCAGGCGAAAUCACACCGGAAAUGAUCGAGCCUUACCAGAUUGUUGUACUCACCAACGCCACUGUCAGGAAGCAAGUAGAGAUCGACGAGUACUGUAGGCAAAAGGGGAUCUAUUUUAUCGCAGCGGAUGUGAGGGGUCUAUUCGGCAGCGUGUUCAACGACUUUGGCAAGGAUUUUGCUUGUGUCGACCCUACAGGAGAGAACCCUCUAAGCGGAAUGAUUGUCGAGAUUGACGAGGAUGAGGAUGCUAUUGUUACCUGUCUUGACGAAACGCGACAUGGACUUGAAGACGGCGACUUUGUCACUUUCUCUGAGAUUAAGGGUAUGGAGGGUUUGAACGGCUGUGAGCCUAGAAAGAUCUCUGUCAAGGGUCCUUACACUUUCUCAAUCGGCGACACCCGUGGGUUGGGCAAGUACAAAUCUGGCGGUCUCUUCACCCAAGUGAAGAUGCCCAAGAUUCUUCAAUUUAAAACCCUUAAAGAGUCCCUCACUAACCCCGAGUUCUUCAUCACCGACUUUGCCAAAUGGGACCGACCCGCUGCCUUGCACGUUGGUUUCCAGGCUCUUUCUGCAUUUUACGAAAAGGCCGGUCAUCUUCCUCGACCUCGUAACGCCGCCGACGCCGAGCAAGUCAUUUCUCUCGCUAAGGAGAUCCACUCUGCUGCUGGAGGCGAAGACGUCCUUGACGAGAAGAUUCUCACCGAGCUUUCUUACCAAGCUACUGGAGACCUUUCCCCUAUGGUUGCCGUCAUUGGUGGUUUCGUCGCUCAAGAAGUCCUCAAGGCUUGUUCCGCCAAAUUCCACCCCAUGCAACAAAACAUGUACUUUGACUCACUCGAGUCUCUCCCUGCUACCCUUCCUUCUGAGGCUGACGUCCAGCCUCUUGGAUCUCGAUACGACGGGCAAAUCGCCGUCUUCGGUAAGGCCUUUCAGGAAAAGAUUUCCAACACUCGCGAGUUCCUUGUCGGUUCGGGUGCUAUCGGUUGUGAGAUGUUGAAGAAUUGGAGCAUGAUGGGCCUUGCCACUGGUCCCAACGGUAUCAUUCAUGUUACCGACCUGGACACCAUUGAAAAGAGUAACUUGAACCGACAGUUCUUGUUCAGAGCCAAGGAUGUGGGCAAGUUCAAGGCUGAAAGUGCGGCUGCUGCCGUUGCGGACAUGAACCCCAAUUUGAAGGGCAAGAUCAUUGCUCACGAUGACAGGGUCGGCCCCGAGACUGAAAAUGUCUAUGGUGAUGAAUUCUUCGCCAAUCUUGAUGGCGUCACCAAUGCCCUCGAUAACGUGUCAGCGCGUCAGUACAUGGACCGACGAUGUGUGUUCUACUGCAAGCCUCUCCUUGAGUCUGGUACUCUUGGUACCAAGGCCAAUACUCAGGUCGUUGUUCCUCACCUCACCGAGUCAUAUUCAUCUUCCCAGGACCCUCCUGAGAAGUCUAUUCCCUCUUGUACCGUCAAGAACUUCCCGAAUGCCAUUGAGCACACCAUCCAAUGGGCCCGAGAAGCGUUCGAUUCUUUCUUCGUCAAUCCUCCUACUACUGUCAACCUUUAUCUUUCUCAACCAGAUUUUGUCGAGACCACCCUCAAGUCUUCUGGCCAGCACCACGAGCAUCUCAAACAGAUUGAGAAAUACCUUGUGAAGGAGAGGCCCAUGUCUUUCGAGGAGUGUAUCAUGUGGGCCAGGUUACAAUAUGAGAACAACUAUGUAAAUGAGAUCAAGCAGUUGUUGUUCAACUUGCCCAAGGACCAAGUUAACGCCAACGGCACUCCCUUCUGGUCCGGACCCAAGAGGGCUCCCACCGCUCUUGCCUUCAACAUUGACGAUCCUCUUGAUAUGGAGUACCUCAUCGCCGCUGCCAACCUUCACGCUUUCAACUACGGUCUCAAGGGCGAGCGAGACCCUGCUUUAUUCCGAAAGGUGGUCGAGUCUAUGAACGUCCCCGAGUUCACUCCUAAGAGCGGUGUCAAGAUCCAGAUCAAUGAAAAUGAACCUGUUGAAAACAACGGUAACGAUGAUGAAGAUGACAUUGAAGCUAUUGUUUCUUCUCUUCCCCCUCCUGCUUCUCUCGCUGGUUUCCGACUUCAACCUGUUGACUUCGAGAAGGAUGAUGACUCUAAUCACCACAUUGACUUCAUCACCGCCGCUUCCAACUUGCGUGCCCGAAACUAUGGCAUCACCCUUGCCGAUAGGCAUAAGACCAAACUCAUCGCAGGAAAGAUUAUCCCUGCCAUCGCUACAACCACUGCUCUCGCUGUCGGUUUGGUUUGCUUGGAACUUUACAAGUUGAUUGACGGCAAGAACAAGCUUGAGGACUACAAAAACGGUUUCGUGAAUUUGGCGUUGCCCUUCUUCGGUUUCUCUGAGCCUAUUGCGGCGGCGAAGCAAAAGUAUGGCGAGACUGAGUGGACUUUGUGGGACAGGUUUGAGAUCGAGGGCAAUCCUACGUUGCAGCAAUUCCUGGAAUGGUUCCAGGAGAACCACAAGUUGGAAGUACAAAUGGUUUCUCAGGGUGUUUCCAUGUUGUGGUCCUCUUUCGUCCCCUCUAAGAAGGCUGCCGACCGAAUGAGGAUGCGUAUGAGCGAGCUUGUCGAACACGUCGGCAAGAAGCCAAUCCCUCCUCAUGUCAAGAACUUAUUGGUGGAGGUUAUGGUUAAUGAUGAGAAUGACGAGGAUGUCGAGGUGCCCUAUGUGUUGGUGCACAUCUAAAGUGCCAAUAGAAGGGGAAGAUGCGAAGAAAUAAGAAGUUCCAUGUAGAGCAUUGUCUUUAACAAAACCUAGCAGUGAUGCAGUGUGAUUCUGUAUUUCUC